AUGCCGGCGCGGCCGCGCUCCCGGAAGUGCGCGGAGAGUGUGCCAGGGACGGCAAGUGGCUCGGCACGUGAUUGCACACCAGGCAGGUGGCUUGAAGGCUCAGGCGCCCUGGAGCCGCCGGGCUCGGUGGCGGAGACUGUGUCGUCCUUGACCAUCGCGGACACGUUCAUUGCGGCCGGCCAGAGCCCCGCCCCGCCCCCGCCUCCCCCCCAGUUGCCUAGAAGGUUCAUCUGCUCCUUCCCCGACUGCAGCGCCCAUUACAACAAGGCCUGGAAGCUAGACGCGCACUUGUGCAAGCACACGGGGGAGAGGCCGUUUGCUUGUGACUAUGAAGGCUGUGGCAAGGCCUUCGUCAGGGACUACCAUCUGAGUCGCCAUGUCCUGAUUCACACUGGGGAAAAGCCGUUUGUAUGUACAGCUAGUGGCUGCGAUCAGAAAUUCAACACAAAGUCAAACUUGAAAAAACACUUUGAACGCAAACAUGAAAACCAACAAAAACAGUAUGUAUGCAGUUUUGAAGGCUGUGAGAAGGCCUUUAAGAAACACCAGCAGCUGAAAGUCCAUCAGAGCCAGCAUACAAAUGAGCCACUGUUCAGGUGUACCCAGGAGGGAUGCGGGAAGCACUUCACCUCACCCAGCAGGCUGAAACGACAUGGGAAGGUCCAUGAGGGCUAUAUAUGUCCAAAGGGAUGUUCUUUUGUUGCAAAAACAUGGACAGAACUUCUGAAACAUGUGAGAGAAACCCAUAAAGAGGAAAUAAUAUGUGAAGUAUGCCAGAAAACAUUUAAGCGCAAAGAUUACCUUAAGCAACACAUGAAAACUCAUGCUCCAGAAAGAGAUGUCUGUCGGUGUCCAAGAGAAGGCUGUGGUAGGACCUACACAACUAUGUUCAAUCUCCAGAGCCAUAUUCUUUCUUUCCACGAGGAAAAGCGCCCUUUUGUAUGUGAACAUGCUGGCUGUGGCAAAACGUUUGCAAUGAAACAAAGUCUCACCAGACAUGCCAUUGUACAUGAUCCUGACAAGAAGAAAAUGAAACUCAAAGUAAAACGUUCUCAUGAAAAACGGAGUUUGGCAUCUCGCCUCAGUGGAUACAUCCCUCCUAAAAUGAAACAGGAGCAAGACUCAUCUUUGUCUAACAAUGGAGACACACAGCAUUGUGUGGAAGAUAAAGUGCUCUCCACAGUUGCAAUACUUACUCUCCACUAGGAAUCACCUGGCCUCUUCUAAGGCUGGAGGUGUGGCUCAAGAGGUAGAGCAUCUGCUUUGCAAGUGUGCAGCCCUGAGUUCAAACUCCAGUCCCACCAAAAAAAACAAACAAAAA